UGUUACUGUCCCCUCCAUCUCCUCUCCUCUCUACUAGUCAGUGUUACUGUCCCCUCCAUCUCCUCUCCUCUCUACUAGUCAGUGUUACUGUCCCCUCCAACCCCUCUCCUCUCCUCUCUACUAGACAGCACUACUGUAUUUACCCUCACCCCCCCUCACUCAGAACAGCACCUGAACAGGAGUUCACACUGAUGUAUUCUAUUGCCCAUCUGUCACCAUCUCCCAACCCUCUCUAUUGUUUUAACAAAAAAAGCUCUCCUCUUGCCAGUGACUCCUGUUUAUUGCUUUUUUAAUGCGCAUCGGAUGAUCUAUGUAAUUUCUGUUUUUGUGGGUAAAUGCGACAUAAGCGUAAUGUUGAUAUGUUGGUUUUUAAUCCACGUUUUUAAUUUCCGUUUUUUUCACAAUGUUUGUUAAUAUGGUGAAGCGGUUUGACAUGUAUAGCUAAAGUUGAACCGGCAUUAAGAAAGAGAAAUCUUAAAUGUUUARGCUGCCAUCGCUUUGGUUGCUAUUAGUAUCGUCGUGCCGGCAGGAGGGGGAAAAAGCCGUCCUGCAACGUCCACACCAAGCUUUUCGUCAGGUCAACAGAUCCAAAGCUUAAUUAAUUGCGGUCAUUAUUGUUAAUAUUGUAAAUAUUUUAAGUUGGACAGACUAUUUAUUCAUUGAGCGUUUUUGUGAAGCACAUUGAGUGACAAUCAUGUUUUUUUGGGGUCAUAUUUUUUAAAACUUUCUUUUGACUUUUUUUGCAUAAUGUUGACCAGAUGUAUUGUAAGCCUUGUAUUUAUCUUGUAUGGAAGACAAAAACUACUCAAACUUACAAAUACAUACAUAUCUAUUGAUAUGUGUUUUUGUGUGUUGUGCAGAUUUUAUUCUCAUCCAUUUUUAGCUAGCAGUGGCUAAAGUUUGAAGUGGCUGUUUAAAGAAAUCUGAUCCAUGGAUUAUAAUUCUCCUGGCUCAUAGACUACUUUCAGAAAUCUGAGCAAUGGAUUAUAGUUCUCCUGGCUCAUAGACUACUUUCAGAAAUCUGACCAUGGAUUAUAAUUCUCCUGGCUCAUAGACUACUUCAGAAAUCUGAGCCAUGGAUUAUAAUUCUCCUGGCUCAUAGACUACUUUCAGAAAUCUGAGCCAUGGAUUAUAAUUCUCCUGGCUCAUAGACUACUUUCAGAAAUCUGAGCAAUGGAUUAUAGUUCUCCUGGCUCAUAGACUACUUUCAGAAAUCUGAGCCAUGGAUUAUAAUUCUCCUGGCUCAUAGGCUACUUUCAGAAAUCUGAGCCAUGGAUUAUAGUUUCUCCUGGCUCAUAGAUUACUCUGAGUACCAUGAAAACAUUAAAUUGUAAAAUACCAAAAUGAUCCUUUAAGGUUGAGCUUUGAGACAUGCCAUGGAAUAUGUUGAUCUGAUUGAAUUUUGGUCAUAAUUGUUAGGUGCUAUGAAAUUUGCUUGUACAUGUUAAGUGCUAUGAAAUUCAACGUGAUUGUGAUUGAAAUCUAUACAGAAGAGUACUAGCAGUGAAGACCAUACCCUUUGUACAAUGGCAUAAAUAUGAGGCAAGAAACUACGAGACCCAGCAUGCAACAGCAUGUGAUCUCGCCAAAUAUUUCCUKAUUUAACCUCACUCUGCCUGCCUCAUUGGGAUAAUUAUAGGAGAUUGUCAAUAGUCAGUCCUCUCCUCGCUGGUGGCGCUCUACAGUUUCAAUGUGACGUUGUAUUCUGUAACAGUGAAUGGAAUCAUUGCUAUAAUAUGAAGUGAAGUGUACUGCAAGUAUAUAAGGCACCACAAGAUGGCAGCAGAGACCAGAACCUUUAUAAACCCAUGCAAGGUGAGAUUUAUGCGCCCAUGUAGUCUCGUCUGUUGCUGACUUUCUGGUAGGAACGGCUUUGUUUCGAAUUGCAAAUUCAUGUCAAUAAUAAAUAUGAUACCUAUAUAUUUCUAAAAAGGCCAAUAUGAUGUGUACCCACAGAAGGAUCUGCACAUGUUCGUACUCAGUCAAACCUCGAGAUGCAUUUAGUUGUGACACUCAUAACACAUCAUGCGCGAGUUACCUUUCUUGACAUUUCUAUAUUAUAUUCAGAAUGAAUCGUUUUUACAUUACAGAAAUUGCUGUCAGUGCCAUCAUAACGGAAUCGAUAGUAGAUUCUCCAGUCGUUGUAAUCUUUAAGAGCCAAUGAAUUUCGUGCUUCUAAAAACUGUGAAUACACGGUAUCCAACCGCAGCUCAAGAAGAGGACAGAGACCCUCCUUUCUYCGUAAGCGCAACCAACCAACAGUGGGCAUUCAUUAAUAUUUCUUUGGGAGUGAGGUAUAGUAUACAGAUGCGUGACUACUUUUUGCUAAAUAGUUGUUUUAUUUAAACGAGCUAAUUGCAGGUGCAAUUCUGGUCAUUGUUGUUUUUAACAUAGCAUUUGAGAUCUGUUCCAGUUUUUGAUCAUUUUGAUGUAGUGUCGCUGCUAAAAGAUGCCGCAGCCGAAAUCCCGAAAAAUCGCSGUCCUGGGCUACAGAUCCGUCGGUAAAUCCUCCUUGACAAUACAGUUUGUGGAAGGCCAGUUUGUCGACUCGUAUGACCCAACCAUUGAAAACACGUUUACAAAGAUGAUCACAGUGAAUGGUCAGGAGUACCACCUGCAGUUGGUGGACACAGCUGGGCAGGAUGAAUACUCCAUUUUCCCACAGACCUACUCCAUAGACAUCAACGGAUACAUUUUGGUGUAUUCUGUCACGUCAAAUAAAAGUUUUGAAGUAAUAAAAGUUAUCCACGAAAAAUUAUUGGAUAUGGUGGGUAAAGUACAAGUACCCAUCAUGUUGGUGGGGAACAAGAAAGAUCUACACAUGGAACGUGUAAUCAGUUGUGAAGAAGGCAAAGCACUGGCUGACUCGUGGAACGCAGCGUUCAUGGAGUCCUCUGCAAAAGAGAACCAGACGGCGGUGGAGGUGUUCAAGAGGACCAUCCUGGAAGCGGAGAAAAUGGAGGGGGGAGCCCCCCAGGGCAGGACYUCCUGCUCCCUGAUGUAACCAUCCACCUCGGGCCCUCGCAACCCGUCCCCAACCACAGCACUGGACACUGGGAAAUCCCUCUACUUGAAGUGGCUAACUGCCUGUUCUCCCUCGAGAAACGUCUUCUGUUUUUCCCUUUUUUCUGUGUUUUUUGGGGGGGAAGGACAGAGGAAGACUUUGACGUUAAGAGUAAUUAUCCAUCCCAGUUUAGAGUACACUCGUCUCACCCCCCCCCUCCCUCCCUGACUUCCCCUUCUUCUGAGAAACCAAACGUGGUGAAAUAUCGAGCCUUACUUCUCAUUUAAAGCCUGUAAUCUCAUUGCUACCUGACCCCCUCCCCCCCUGCCUUCCCCUUGAAAAGUUUGUAUAACAACAUAUUUCUUAGUUAUUAUUAUGGCCACUACAGUUGGCCAGCAUUCAUUCACUAGUGUAGUGAAUGUUGAUUCCCUUUUUUUUAUUGUAAUCAUUAAAUCUGCAUAUUGUUUCACUACA